UAAAAAAUUACAAUAAUCAUGAACAUCCAUUAAUUACCAUAAUAAUAGCAAUCCUCAUAUGAUCCUAGACUAUGUCCUUUAGCCAUUAAAAUAAUAACUAUCACAACAGUACUUAUCUAUUUAGUUAAUUAUUUUUUUGAUAAUAUAUUCAACAAAUGGUUUAUGGAUAUACCUUACUUGGUUAUUGAGAAUUAUGAGAUAUAGAGAUUAUUUUUUACACAGUUUAUUGAAAGUAAAUUAUCUUUUAAACAGAUAGACUUAUUUGGAAUAAUUAUAAUGCCCUUCCUUUUUUAUUGCAAUGUUCAAGAUAUAGAAAAAUCUCUAGGAACAGUGGUAUUUUUGAUUGAUUUCUUCAUUAAGAAUUUUCUAAUUUAGGUAUUCUAUAUCUUUAAAUUAGUUCAUAUUUCAAAUCUUUGCAUUAAUAAUCUAAAAUAAUAACAUGUAUUCAUAUGGUUUGUGGAAUGUUUUGUUUGUUUACAUUUCUUUAUCGUAAAACUUAUAACUAAAUGUAGAUGUUUUGCCAAUCCAAAUGAAACAAGAAGCCUUGUUCUCCUUCCUUGGUAUUUCAUCCCUUUCUAAAUGACUUCAAAAUAUAUUCCAUUUGUUUGGAUGGGCAUUCAUUUACUAUUUAACAGAAAUUUAGAUUCCUUUGCAGCUCUUCUUCUUAUUAUAAUUGAAAUUAAAUGCUUUAAAUUUAUGAUUUUUAGACCUAGUCAAGUAACAAAAAAUUCUAUUAUUAAAUUAGAUAUUCAUUUAAAAAUUAGAGAACUCCUGUUUUUUUAGAUGCUUUAAAAAAAGAACAGAUUUCUUUGCUAUCUAAUAGGAUUUUAAAGCUCGUUAACCUAAUUAGGUAUAAGAAUAGAGGCCAAUACCUUAAGUUUAGCCAUUUUCAGGAUAAGGUAUUUAAAUUGGAGCCAAUAUUAAUUUUGAUAAUCUAAACAUUAAUAAUAUUCAAAACAGCUUCAUUAAUGUGUAAGAUAUUUAUUUUUAAUUUAGUGAAUCAUCUCAAAAUUAAUUUCAAAAUUCCAAUUGA